GCAUUCGACAUUGGUGAUAGAGAACUGUGCAAGUAUUGCGGUGCUAAGUUGUGGAAUCAUGAAAAAAAAUGGACAAAAAUAUGUUGCAGAAAAGGUUCCACGAGUUGCUACAACAGUGUAACAACUACAUGAGGGACUUCAUGACCAUUAACGACCUUUCGCCAGGAGCAUUGAAUGAAAGGAAGUUGGUGAUAAAUCCCAAUGCCGUGUCCGAGGAGGAACAUGCAAGGCGUUAUAACCGUCCGUCGGGGCUACAAGAGGUCUGUGUUCUCAUGGCAGAUGACCUUCUUCCUCGUGAGCUCGAGAUUCGUUUACGUGCCCCUCUUUCGGGUGAGCGGCCAACAGUUGUCGUUCCGGAGUGUUGUCGAGUGCACGACUGUCUGAGGUCGCGUAAUGAUAUUGGACUCGCUGUGGCGUCGAGUGGGAUAGUGGCGACUCUUUUGACCGAUGGUCGAACAUUUCACUUGCGAUUUCGAGCACCUUUGAAGCCUGAUAACACGCGUCCCUUCAAUAUUCCAAAACAGAGUGAACUUGCCGAAUUUAUCCGCCGUGCCGACUUGAUCGUUUGGGAUGAAGCUGCAAUGAGCAACAAGUUCCACUUGGAAACUCUUGACAUUAUGCUUCGAGAUGUCUGUAACAGUAACCUCCCGUUUGGAGGAAAGGUUUUGGUUCUUUUCGGGGACUUUCGACAGGUUUUGCCGGUUGUGAAACAUGGGUCUCGAGUACAGCAAAUUGAUGCCUCUAUAAAAAUGUCUCCUUUGUGGAAAUUUUUUGAGGUUCAUUGCCUGACUGAUAAUAUGCGGAUUUUAAGCUUAGGGGAUGAUGCAAUGGCGCGAAUGUAUGGCGUGUUUUUUAUGCGUAUUGGGAAUGAUGAUCAUAUUCGUUUUGUUCCUAACGAACCUACCACGGUCAAACAACCGCAUGAGAUUUGCACUGAUAAACCUAUUCGUGAUUUGAUUUCUUGGACGUUUGAGGAUGUUUGUGACCACGUUGAGGAUGCUGACUAUUUUUACGCUCGAUUGAUUCUCUGCGCUACUAAUAACGAUGCGGGGUGUGUUCACGAUAUGGUUCUCAACGAUUUCCCUGGCGAGGUUCUAAAAGCACUUCGCACGAUCCCUAUGGAUGUGCUUUUCGAUGAUGAUCGUGAUCCGUGUUUGAAGUCCCAACGUGGUGAAGGUGAAGGAAUUGCUCGUGCCCCGUCCCAAACACGAAAUUGUCCGACAGUUGUUGACGUGCCCGAUGAUAGCAAUCCCCCACAGCCAAUUGCACGUGUUCCUCAUCCGCGCGCUUACCUUUCUCACUGGUUUGAUGAUGCAAAGAAGGUUGGUUUGCGAAAGGUCUUGAAUGAGAUCUUUUUCGAAAUGUUUGUGAAAACUGCGACGGUCGUGAAGGAUGAACAAAUAUGGGAAAAAUUCCUUGAUUGGCAGAGAACUAAACUCACUGAUAUGCGCUCGGAACGAGGAUCCUCUCUGCCCUCCAAUCCGUUGAAUAUUUCGGAUGUGGAGUCCCGCUGGAUGUUACAAUCUCUUCUGCACGAUGACUUCAUUGCGCUCUCCAAUGAGGAGAUUGCAACAAUGACAUUUGAUUUGCCCUAUUGUCCGACGGAUGAGACUAUUCUGAAGCCCUUCUUCAGAUAUGCGCACAUACAAAGUCUCGUCAAAAGAAUUUAUGUCGGUGUUGCUUCUUCCGCUCUUCCUUCGGCCACUGUCCGUCCAUUGUCAUUACCGGCACCGUCUCCUGCCAAUUGUCAACGUCUUGCAGAUUAUGCUUCGCCGUCCAAUGUGGGAAUGCCCAUCGUCACUGCUUCUGUAGUUGUUUUUGCUUCGCCAACCGCUAUGUUUACUCCAUCUCCUGCUCCUUGCGUUGUCCCCACUCCUGUCUCACCAGAUGCACAACUGCAUGUCCGUAUAGGAGGUUUGCCAGAAGUCACAACUUCUACUUAUGAUAUUGUCGUCUAUGAGUCUCUUGCAUCCGUUGGUCCCAAAAAAGUGCAUGCGCAUCUCUUCGAUCUUGAUAGCUCUCACAUGUUGCAAGAUAUCGCGCAAGUGGCUGAGGAGUUGCAUACGGAUAUGAACACGUGGAGGUCCGUUGAUACUGCCAUCCAUCUUGACUACCAUCGGCAGCGACAAAGUCGAUUUCAAACUAUUGAGGAUUAUCGUCGGAAAGUGCUGUAACAAAGUUCUAUUCGUGACAUGUUGCGAGAGUUUCGUUCCACUGAUGGGAGUUGAUUGCUCUUACAUAAGA